AUGAACGUCCAAAUUGACAUGGGAAAUGCGCACUUUCUUCCCUCCCACCUCAGCAUUACUGCUGCCAUUAUUGUCAUUCCCAUAGUGACACACGAUGACGACACGGAGGAGCUGAGUGAGGAGGAGUUGGCCAAACGCAGGGAGUUCGAACGCAAACGAAAGGAGGUGGCCACACCCGAGGGUUUGGACAUAAAGGCCGUGUUGGGUCAUCGAAUCUCCAUUCCAAGCGGUGAUGGUGAUGACGACGAGGACGAGGACGAGGACGAGAGCGAGGAGGAGGAGGAGGAGGAGGCGGAGGUGGGGGCGGAGGAGGCGGAGGAGUGGAAGGAUGAUGGGAGAGUGAGAGACACACAGAAGUUGGAGACGGGGGAUGGUGUCGCAGGCAACGCCACCCAUUCCUCCCCGAAGUGCACACCGAGUGCGCAGAAGGUCUGA